UCAACUGUCAUUUGAAAAAAUCGUGUGUGCGGAUGUGGAUUUUUAGACCACUGGCCGACGACAAUUUCCACGUUUGUUUUCGAUUUUCAUCGCCAAAUAACUACAAAAAGCUUCUAAAUUUUGCUCAAAUUAGUUUAAACAAAUUGCAGUAACAAAAAUGCCACCCAAAAAAUGUUCUGCUGCUCCAAGCAAAAAGACAGAAAUCAAAAAGAAGGAAAAAGUUAUUGAGGACAAAACAUUCGGAUUGAAGAACAAAAAAGGCUCAAAACAACAAAAGUUCAUUCAACAAGUCCAGAAGCAAGUUCACGCCGGUGGACAUCAUCCGAAAACCGAUGCCGAAAAGAAGAAGGAAGAGAAGGAGAAGAAAUUGCAAGAGCAGAGGGAAUUGGCUGCACUCUUCAGGCCUGUCCAAACACAGAAGGUCGAUAUGGGUACCGAUCCCAAGUCUGUUAUUUGCACAUUCUUCAAGCAGGGUACUUGUGGCAAAGGUGACAAGUGUAAGUUCUCUCACGACUUAACAAUCGAAAAUAAGGCCGAAAAACGUUCCAUUUACGUGGACAUGCGUGAUGAUGAAGGCUCUGGCAUGCAAAACUGGGACACGGACAAGCUGAAAGAAGUCGUUGAUCAGAAGAACUCCAAUGAUAAACGUCGUAAUACCACUGAUAUUAUUUGUAACUUCUUCUUGGAAGCUUUGGAAAAAUCCAAGUACGGUUGGUUCUGGGAGUGCCCGAAUGGUGAGAACUGCAUUUACCGGCAUGCCCUUCCCCAUGGGUACGUCCUCAAAAAGGACAAGAAGAAGGAAGAAAAACCGUCCGAGAUUUCCUUGGUCGACCUUAUCGAAAGAGAACGUUCCGCUCUAGGUCCUCACCAGACUCGUGUAACUUUAGAAUCCUUCUUGUUAUGGAAGAAACGUAAGAUCCAGGAGAAGAAGGACAAACGCAUCGCUGACGAGGAAAAGAAAAAGAAGGACUACAGCAAGGGCAAACAGUUCGGUAUCUCUGGUAGGGAAAUGUUCAGCUUCAACCCCGAUCUUGUCGACGAUGGUCCAAUGGAGGAUGGUGAUGCUGCAUUCGACAGUUACGCCCGUUCGGAUGACGAAGAAGACAACGCAGUGGAAUACAAGGAACUCGAUUUGGCGGCAUUAUCUUUGGCAGCUCAGGAAGUGGAUGGUACUGGUACUGUGGCUUCGAAUACAAGACUAAAAGACCAGAAGGAUGCCGCUGAAGCUGAAGAAGCCGCUGGAGCUAAAUCUGAAACACCUGCUGACGGCGGCGAUGCGGCUCCAAUCAAUGAAAAUCUCUUCCUCGACGAUGCUUGUUUAGGCGGUCUGGAAGACGAGCUAAAUGACCUCGAUUUGGAUGAAGAGGAUUAAGAAACACACAGAAUUAUUUGAUUGCCAAUUUAUUAAUGACAUGAAAUAACGGUAUCAAAAAACAUCAAAAUACAAUCGUUUGGAUUUAUCAUUAGCGUAA